AUGCCCUUUUUAAGAAAUCGAUGCUCUUCGGGGAGCGACUCCUCCAAAGAUGACUAUAGCAGCGUUACUAGCGUUGUCUCCGACUACGAAUAUCCAGCAUCUUCCAUACCUGGGUAUGGCGAAAAGCCAUUAUCGGAGCAGCUGGAGCCAAUUGCAGUGGUCGGAAUGGGCUGUCGUUUACCGGGGGGUGUUAGUUCCCCGGCCCAAUUCUGGGAGCUCAUCACGAAUAAGGGUACUGGUCGCAUGGCCAAAGUCCCCAAAUCGCGGUUCAACAUAGAUGCUCACCUGCACCUGAAUAACGAGAGGCCUGGGAGUUUUAACGUACCAGGAGGGUAUUUUCUGAACGACAGCCUUCAGGAAUUUGACCCUGUGCUAUUUGGAAUUUCUCCUGUUGAAGCGAUGUGGAUGGACCCUCAGCAGCGAAAACUACUUGAGGUUGUCUAUGAAACCUUGGAGUCUGCUGGCGUAGCUUUAAUAGACAUCGCGGGAACCAUGACAGCUUGUUUUGUCGGCAGUUUCACCGCGGACUACCAGCAGAUGACUUUCAAGGAACCGGACUUUCGUCAUAGCUAUGCAGCAACUGGUGUAGAUCCCGGAAUCAUCAGCAACCGCAUUAGCCAUGUGUUCAAUCUAAAGGGACCGAGUAUGACGGUGAACACAGCGUGCUCUUCCUCCGUGUAUGCCCUGCACAAUGCCUGCAAUGCCCUCAGGAACAACGAGUGUUCCGCUGCUAUUGUUGGCGGUACGAAUCUCAUUUUGACAGUUGAUCAGCACAUGAACACCGCAAAACUUGGCGUACUUUCUCCCACAUCGACCUGUCACACCUUUAAUGCGCACGCGGAUGGCUACGGCCGCGCCGAUGGAGUGGGUGCUGUGUACCUCAAAAGGCUUCACGAUGCGGUUCGCGACGGCGAUCCAAUCCGAGCUAUAAUCCGUUCUAGCGCUGUCAACUCAAACGGAAAAGCUCCAGGUGUUGGAAUUACCCAUCCAAGCUCAGAAGGCCAGGAAGCUGUUAUUAGGCAAGCUUAUCGCCGCGGAGGCGACCUAGAUCCAAUGCUGACGGGGUACUUUGAAACCCACGGAACCGGAACGCCUAUCGGUGAUCCACUCGAAGUUGGCGCAGUCUCGAAGGCGAUGAAUAGCAAACGAAAGCCCGAGGAUGGCCCACUUCUGAUUGGCGCUGUUAAAACUAACGUUGGACAUAGUGAAGCCGCCAGUGGUCUGUCUGCAGUCAUUAAAGCGGUUCUUGCGGUUGAAAAAGGGAUCAUUCCGCCUACCAGAAGCUUCACCUCACCAAAUCCGGCCAUCGAUUGGAAAGGCUGGAAUGUCAAAGUUGUUUCGGAGGCGACACUAUUUCCCACGCAUCUCCUCGUCAAGCGGGUUAGCGUUAACUCUUUCGGAUACGGGGGAACGAACGGCCAUGUUAUUAUUGAAGGCGCCGACUCGUUUUUGCCGACUUACCAACUUUCCCAGCAGAAAAGCAAGCCUCGAGGCACUUUUUCUCGUAAAAGACCUUAUCUUUUAGUCUUUUCAGCUCACAAUAAGCCGACCUUAAGCCAGAACAUCGAAGCAUAUGGAAAGGUUGCAGAGAAGUAUAACCUACUUGACCUUUCUUACACUCUCGGGAACCGUCGAUCCCGCCUUGCGAGCCGUGCAUAUGUUGUCACAAGCGAUGCCACCCUGGUUUCGGAUUUCAAAGAUAUAGCUAACUUUGUUGCCUACGCUGAAAAUAAAAAGAAGCCAUCGAUCGGGUUUAUAUUCACCGGUCAAGGAGCUCAAUGGGUUCGCAUGGCAGGCCAGCUUAUGACCUACUAUCCAAGCUUCUUGAGGACCAUCAAAAUCCUCGAUAGAGUGUUGAAUAACCUUCCAGACACGCCUGAGUGGACGAUCGAAGAUGAGCUCCUGGCAGAUGCUGCCUCUUCGCGGGUUAACGAGGCUGAAUUCUCACAGCCAUUAUGCACCGCUGUCCAGAUAGCGCUGAUAGAUCUCCUUACUUCCUGGGGAAUCACGCCUGCAGUGACAGUUGGACACUCCUCUGGCGAGAUCGCUGCUGCAUACGCUGCAGGUAAAAUAUCCAGGAUGGAGGCCAUUAUUCUUGCUUUCUACCGAGGCCAAACGGUGAGGGAUAUCGACACGGAUGGUGCUAUGUUGGCUGUCGGCUUGGGUCCGAGUGUGGUGAAACCUUACAUUGCACAAUGUGACGACGUGACCAUCGCCUGCCACAACUCCCCAUCAUCUGUAACCCUAAGUGGUGAUUCGUGCGCUUUGGAAGUUGUCAAAGAGAAGCUUGAAAAGGAAGGGAUUUUUGCAAGAACACUCAAAACAGGCGGGAAGGCAUAUCACUCUAAGCACAUGGAGCCAGCAUCAGCCAAAUACAUCGCGCUUGUGCAAAACGCAAAGAGGACCUUCCCAUUCGACCCGCCUUCUGGGCCGACGGCUGUGAUGGUAUCUUCCGUCACGGCAUCCACGAUUCCUCCCAAUAUGGGGAUUGAUGAGCAUUACUGGGCUGCAAACCUUGUCAAGCCAGUCCUCUUUAGCGAAGCUAUAGGGCAGAUGCCUUCCCAUUCCGUUGAUAUGCUUAUAGAGAUUGGACCCCACUCCGCAUUAGCCGGUCCAGUUAAACAAAUCAGAGCCGAACGCAAGCUGGAUAAACUAGCAUACCUUUCCACACUUGUCCGUGGUCAGGACUGUGCUGUCCAGCUCCUCAAGCUUGCUGGAGAGCUAUUCCUACGUGAUUAUCCUCUCAAUAUGUACCGUGUGACGCUCAUCGAACAGAGUCUUCCCGGUGGAAAGAUUGACUUUAGAAGAGGGUCAAUCCUUGUUGAUCUUCCCCCGUACCAAUGGACCUAUGGAUCAAAGAUCCUUUUUGCAGAGCCUCGCCAGUCCGUCGAGCACCGGGGCCCUACGCAUGGUCACCACGAUGUCUUGGGCCGAAAACUCCUUGGAGGUUCCAAAACUGAACCAACGUGGAGAAAUGUUCUCCGAGUGAAGGAUUUGCCGUGGCUGAAAGACCAUAGUCUGGGCGGGGAUAUAAUUUUCCCAGCGGCAGCGUAUUUCUCUAUGGCCAUGGAGGCAGUCACGCAGGUGAACGAGACUACUACCGCUCCCACGAAGAUAGAUGGGUACACGCUGCGAGACAUUUCCAUCAAGACAGCUCUGAUCGUCCCAGAAGAUGAUGACGGGAUUGAAACAAUCUUUACCAUGCAUCCUUCAAUCCAUGGUGAGGGGGGGAGCCAAAACGUAUGGUGGGAUUUCAACAUCUACUCAAUCUCACAGGGCGGCAUUCAGAAAGCGCAUAUGACUGGAAUGAUCAGUGUCAACAUCCGUCCACGCGGGGAGAAACCAAGGGACGUUCCAAAUAUGCCCCAGAGAGCCAGCGGCAAACUAUGGAACCAGUCUCUGAGAGCUGUGGGCUUCGAUUAUGGCCCCACUUUCCAAGAUAUGGACCAGAUUCGCUUCGACGGUAAAGCUUAUGCGGCCUCAAGCAAUACACUUAUUAAACAGGAGUGUGGCAUCAUGCAAGGAGAGUCACGCCAUAUCCUCCACCCCGCGACGGUUGAUUCCUGUCUGCAACUCAUCAUUGUUUCGAUCUAUGCGGGAAAGGCUAAGGAUAUUACUUGCGGCGCUGUGCCACUCCAAGUUGAUGAGGUUACCAUCUGGCCCCCAACACCCGAGCAGCUCCAGGAUCCAUUCGCGACAGCUUAUUCUUGGACGGAUGAGCGAGGAAUUCGCUCUUUUCGAUCCGGUGCCCAGCUCACUGCGAGCGACGGGGGUCUUCUAAUUGACAUUAAAGAUAUGCGAUCCAUUGCAUAUGAAGCUGCGGCACCACAAAAGGCCCUGAAUGCUCCAGAUCCACAACCGUAUAUGGAGAUAGUAUGGAAAUGCGACAUUGAUACCUUAACUCCCGGAACUUGCUACCAGGAUUUAAGUAUUAUCAACAUUGUUGAGAUGAUCUCACAUAAGAAUCCCGGCGCAAAAAUUCUGGACCUAGAAGGAUACCAUGAGGCACUCUUCCGUGAACAAGCCCCUAUUCUCAAUUACAACAAUGGUUCUCUUUCUGAUAACACUCAAGAAAGAUAUGAUCUGAUACUGGCCAACGGCGUCAAAGCAUCUGCCUUGAUGAUGGAUUCGGUUUCCCAGCGUUUAGUUUCUGGUGGCCGUGCGGUGCUAAGGAAUGUGGACACUACUGUCACAAAUCCUAACUUCUCAUAUAUUGCUUUUGGCGAAAACCUGGUAAUUGCGAAGGUUGCGUCACCGGUCGAUUAUAGUCUAGCAACGCAGCAGUCACACCCCUUCGUGUUUGUGUAUAGACAUACACCUGCGCCCCUUGUAUAUCUGCUCGCUGAUAGAUUUACAAAAUGUGGUUGGAAGACACGAUUAAGUUCACUCGAUGGUGUCGAUAUUGAAGAAGAGGAAAGAGUUCUCGUUGUCGCGGAGCUCGAAGAGCCAUUACUUUCUUCACUCGGAGAGGCCGAGCUGGUUGGUAUUCAGCGGAUAAUAUCAACGGCUUCCUCUCUUGUUUGGAUUACGCAGGGUGGCCUUCUUUCCGGGAAAGAGCCUGAAUAUGCGAUGGCGUCUGGAUUGGCAAGAUCAGUGAAGAGCGAGAAUGCCUCGCUCGACUUCAUCACCAUAGAUCUUGACUUAGAUACAACCUCUUUACCUGGUGCUGUACACGCAAUAACUGAUAUCGUACGCCGCCAAGUCGAGAAAGAUAAGGACCGCGAAACUGAGUACUGUGUGGCAAAAGAGAAGGUAUAUAUCAGCCGACUACUCCCUAACAAGGAACUUAGUUCGGCCUAUUCUGUUGACAAGUCACAUUUCGAGAAGAGCCGUUACGAUCGCGAGAGAGCGAUUGUUGGUCGAGUCCAGUCAGGGAAAAUAAUAUUUGAACAGGAUAAACGCUACGAAACGAGAUUAGAGCCCGAUCAACUUGAAGUUAUAGUUCACCUUAGCGGACUUGCUAGAGGUGUCGCCGUUAUCCAGGGCCAAGAUUAUCCGAUCACUUUCAGCCAUGAGAUAUUUGGGACCGUUACCAGAGUCGGUUCGACAGUGAGUCGAUAUAUUCCCGGCGAUCAGGUUGUGGGAUUCAGCUUCGACAAAUAUGCUUCAUUCCAGAGAGUUUCACAAAACCUCGUCGAGAAGGUUGGUGCCGAUGAGAACCCCAAGAAUAUUCUUGGCCUUUUGAUGGCAUAUGCUUCGGCAAUUCACGGUCUAAAGAACAUUGCGGGAGUUGAGCAGAAUGAGAAUGUUCUCAUUUUAGGCGACGCAGGGGCUGCCGCAGCAGCUGCAAUUAGAAUGAGCAAGUUAAUGAAGGCAAACACAUUUGUGACAGUUGAAUCGGAAGCAGAGGCCCAAGACGUAACAGCAACAUUCGGCCUGCCCAGGGAACGGGUGAUUACCGGAUUUCUUGGAGCGAACACGCAGAUAGACGAGAUAUUUGGCCCUCGAGGUAUCGAUGUCAUCUUCUGUUCUGCGCAAUCUUCCCCAGGUAUCGUUCGUGAAUGCUGGCGGCGGAUCGCUCCGUUCGGAAGAGCUAUUGCAUGUGGGCAUAAAAACGUCCUCAAAAGAAGCGUGUUAGACACCGUACCCUUGAACCACGGGGGAACUUAUUCCUCGUUCGAUAUCCUUGAUUUAUAUAAUCACAAACCUCAUAUUUUGGCAGACGCACUCCGAACCACUAUACAGCUUUAUCGCGAAGGAUCCAUCCCAAGAGUCGACGUGGCGAUUGUCAAGCACUUGACCCAACUAGAUGAAGCGAUGGCAAAAUUCUCUGAAGGGUUGUUGCAGGAUCCGGUUCUCAUCUCUUAUGGAGAAACAGACAGGUCGCUCAACGUCGCUCCAACGCGGUUUGCGCCUCAGUUUGACCCUAAAGCCAGCUAUUUCCUUGUUGGGUGUCUUGGAGGCCUUGGCCGCUCCAUUACACCUUGGAUGAUGGAAAAUGGGGCCCGCUAUUUCAUCUUUUUAUCUCGCUCGGGGACCGACUCUAAGAAUGCAGCACUGCUGGUGAAAGAUAUAGAAGCCAAAGGAGCAAUUGUUCAAGUGGCGCGUGGCGAUGUCAGCUCCAAAAAAGACGUCGAGAAUGCCAUACGAAAUGUUCCGAGCGAUCAUCCCAUUAAAGGUGUGGUGCAGGCGGCGGCUAGUUUUCAGGACACGAUGUUUGAGACAAUGAGCCAUGAAAAAUGGAUUAAUUCCAUUAGCCCGAAGGUGAUCGGUACAAAGAAUUUGCAUGAAGCGCUUGCAGAUUUUCCUCUGGACUUUUUCCUUAUGACCAGCUCGACGUCAGGCACCCUAGGAACGUCCGGCCAGGCCAACUAUGCUGCUGCAAACAGCUUCUUAGACGCCCUUGCUCGUCAUCGUGUAUCGAAGAAUAAGGCUGCCUGCAGUUUAAUCCUUCCCAUGGUGUUGGGCGUUGGUUAUGUUGCCGAGCACCCAGAAAUCGAAGAAGCGCUCAAGCGCAAAGGGAUCUAUGGAAUCGAUGAAGAGCACAUGCUGCAAUCAUUCGAAGCCGGAAUCGCGGCAGGAGGAAAUCACCGGUCAACAGGCCAUAUAGUUAUUGGCAUGGACCCGGCGGAACUCCAAAAAUCACUUAGACGCGCAGACACAACGGACGCGUUCUGGCUGGGGAAUGCUCGUUUCAAGGGCCUACUUCAGACAAUUCGAUCAACUGGGACGGAGAAGCAAUUGUCCAACCAGUCAGUACUCAGCACAAUUAGGGACGCAACUUCGCCGGCAGAGGCUGUAGAUGUGGCAGUUGGACACUUUACUGACAAGCUUGUCCGCCUUCUGCACCUCGAGCGCGAUGAGAUCGAACCGAGCGCGAAGUCCAUUGCAUCUUAUGGGCUGGAUAGUAUGAUUGGAGUGGAGUUACGCAACUGGAUAUUCAAGGAGUUCGAGCUCGAUUUUCCGUUCCAGAAACUUCUCGCUCCGAGUUUGACGAUCAUGAAGUUUGCUGCUCAGGUUUGUGAGAGCCAGGGUGUUGUUGUGGAGUGAAGUUAAACCAAGCUUUUUGACUGAAGCAGAGAUCACGUUAAGCUCAGUUGACUAAUGUCUUGGCGAGCUGUUCCACUGGGCUGUGGCUGCGGCCCCGCUCCUGCCCGUGAACCAAUUUAUUCCCUGUCAUUAAUAGAAAUAGUCCUGUAUAUUAGGUUU